GCCUCCGCUGACAAGAUCCCAUCCGCAACCACAAUCGGGCCUUAGGCUUAACAUCCUCUCUUAUCUCUCCGAUACCGUUGUGGCCGAUGAGCUCCGGUAGAAUGGAGAGCCUGUGGCGAGCGGCAACCGGCCAAGAUCCGAGUCCGGAGGAUUACAAGGGCGUCGAAUUCUGGACCAGCCCCGAGCGCGCCGGCUGGCUCAACAAGCAGGGUGAAUACCUAAGAACCUGGCGUCGCCGUUGGUUCGUUCUGAAACGAGGUAAACUCUUCUGGUUUAAGGACUCUAUUGUUACUCGCGCUUCCAUUCCACGCGGCGUUAUCCCUGUCAAUACCUGCCUCACCGUCAAAGGAGCCGAGGAUAUCCUCCACAAGCCUUGCGCCUUCGAGCUCUCUACCACCGGUUCAGACACUAUGUACUUCAUCGCUGAGUCGGAGCGCGAAAAGGAGGAGUGGAUCAAUUCGAUCGGCCGCUCGAUAGUUCAGAAUUCGCGAUCGGUUACCGAAUCUGAAGUCGUUGAUUACGAUAACAGGCGAUGAUUCCGAUGUUGAAGACCUUUUCUUCAUCUUUCACUUUCUCUAUGUACAGAAACGAGGCGAGAAUUAGUCUCGGAUGGUUGCGAGAUGGCUCCGUUUUGUCGAAUUGGUACUAUCGAUCUCUGUUUCCUUCUUUCUGGUUGUUAAAAUUAUGGCGGUGAUGUGAAUCGAGCUGAAUCUCCUCUACUUCGUUUUCUCCUUGGUUCCAAAUCUCUUUCUAUCAGGCAUAUAACGUCUUUCUUUCUCGGUUUUUCUUCUGUAUUUGAUCUCCAAUGUUGAUUAGUAAAUUUCGUGCCCUACCGUAGCGUUGAAACUCCGGUUUAGUAUACUGAUUGAUGGUGUUUUUCUCUGUUCCUCACGA